GUAUGUUAACAGGAUUCUUUUCCUUACAGCUGUGAGGUCGUAAGCGCCGUCGACUUUGGGAUAUCUGUUCGUUAUGGCAGCACAGCCGCUCCGAUUCUGCGACUACUUCUGGGGCAGCGACAUCAUGUCGUUCGCCGGUUUCGAGACGCUCUGCGCGCGUCUAAAACACGGUAAACGCUUCGUUCAGGAGUAUGAAGAGUUUCUAAAGACCAGGGCGAAGAUCGAGGAGAACUACGGACGUGAGUUGAUUAAGCUUUCUAAGCAGUUUCCGGUGAAGGACGAAAUCGGAACACUCAAGACAUCAUGGGAGUCUCUGAAAUUUGAGACCGAGAACCUUGGUAACACUCAUGUUACUAAUGCAAAGAAGUUGACACAAGAGCAUGAUAGCGUGAAGGACUUCAAGGAAAGGCAACGGGGAGAACGGAAAAAGAUAGAGGACAGUGUGAGGAAAGUACAGCAAUACAAGAAAACUUCGUACGAGAAGGAAGUAAAGGCAAAGAGAGGGUACGAGAAGAGUUGCAAAGAUUCAGACCACGCUGAUGAAACAUACCAGAAGAUGCUCUCCACUCAAAAGCAGAAGCAAAUAGACGAUGCACAGAAGAAGGCUGAAGUAGCAAAGGGUGCUGUAGAGAGAUACGAUAAUCUGUACAAAGAAUCGUUGCGGCUGCUAGAUGAAGCUCGUGUAAUGUGGGAGCGUGAGAUGGAGCAAUGUUGUAAUACAUUUCAAGAAUCUGAAAAGGAACGUAUUAAUUUCAUGCGGAGCAGUAUGUGGAAGUAUACGAAUAUACAGUCACAGUCAUUAGUAGAUGCAGAUGAAACAAACGAAAACAUUCGUAAGGUACUAGAGAAAUGUGACUCAGACGCAGACAACGACAUGUUUGUUCGUAGCAAACAAACAGGAACCGACAGACCAGCUCCAAUACAGUAUGAGAACUUCUACGACAAGUCGUUGACGUUUGAUCUGCCGACUAUCAAGCAAUCGCAGUCUUCAACCUCUUUCGCCGGAUCUUCAACCUCUUUCGCCGGAUCUUCAACCUCUUUCGCCGGACAUUCACAGAUUAGCACGCCAAUCUCGUCGUUUGCUCACCGCGAACUGCCAGACAUACCGGCAACUCCACCGUUAGACAAACGAUUGGAGGUCGAUGUAACAGCCUCACCUCUAAAAGUCGAGACGCCUAGCUAUCCUAUCUCCUCUACCUAUGCUCUAGUCGGAGCUAUUUCUGAGGCACCAGAAAAGUCAAAGACAUGGGUUGUAGCAUCAUACGAUUACGAAGCUCAAGGUGAUCAAGAGUUGACCUUACAAGCGGGUGAUUUGAUCGACGUUCUUGAACAAGAGGAUGACACUUGGUGGAGAGGCCGUGGGCCCAAAGGUGAUGAAGGCAUGUUUCCGGUUGAUUUUACCGAGCCCUACAACCCUAUGUAGACGAAACGGUGUGAAACAUACGUCUGCAGCUGUACACUGCUACAACUAUACAUUUUUUGCGCGCUUUGUACCUCAUCAAAAUCCAGUGGGUUUCAUGGAUUUACGUAAUAAGAUGCAAUAUACUUCUCCUUGUCAGAUGUACC